GGGGGGUGGAAGGGUGGGAUUUAGACUGAAAAGAAGAAACCGCUGGCUGUGACAACGACCGUUGCUUCCUCCCCCCUCCAUCAUCAUCAUCAUCAUCAUCAUCAUCAUCAUCACCAUCGUCAUCACCCGCCUCACCAGCAACAGCAGCUUCAGAUUCAUAGGCGGCAGAAGCAAAGGCAGAGUUGGUUAAACAGUUUUGAAGAGGAAGAAGAAAAAACAAAUAGUCUUGCAGACGUCUUGCAGAGAAGCUCCGCUUCAGGGGGAGGGAACAUGGGGGAAUGGGAGCUGCAGAUGGACAAGUGCAAGGAUGAGGAAUUCCGACCAAAUCUGCUUUUAUGACACAGACCUCUGCUUCAUCCAACAUCAUUAGGAAUUCAUUAAAGAACACCAGAUAACACUGUUAAAUACCUCACACGUCAUGGAUGCAGCUUCAGCCUCCCUGCAGUUUGGAUCAAAGAAGCGGGUCAAAAUUCACCCAAACACAGUCACAGUAAAAUAUGCCACCCACUUCCCCCAGCCUGGUGAUGAAGGGUACGACGAUGCACCCUCUUUUGAGGAUUUUGGUUCUUUUGCAGAGGCAAACGUUGGAAAGAGACUGGUGUCUGAUGCCAAAGGCAGCAGGACUUUCUUUGGAACCAUGGAGACUCAGCCUAAGCAGCCAAGUGUGCAAAGAGACAAGGGGGUCGAGGGUCAGCUGGCCAGCUUUGGCGAGGCUAAUGUGUUGGCUUCCAGAGUGACCUGGAUGGCCUUGUUUGGGGCAGCAGCAGCUCAUGGAUGUGUGGCGCUAAUUACCCGAUUGGCAGCAGAUCGCUCUAAGGUUCCCUCUCUCGAGCUGCUCUUCAUCCGUUCUGUGAUCCAAGUGUUGUCAAUCAUGGUGGUCCUCUACUACCAUGAGGCACCCUUUGGCCCCAAGGGUUACCGGCUCCGUCUCUUCUUCUAUGGUGUGUGCAAUGUAAUUUCUAUCACCUGCGCCUACACAUCCUUUGCCAUUGUACCCCCCAGCAACGGUACCAUCAUGUGGCGUGCAUCCACUACUGUCUUCAGUGCCAUACUGGCUUUCCUGCUGCUGGAUGAGAGGCUGAGCUACACUGAUGUGGUCACGGUGGUGGGAAGUGUGUUCGGCCUGUGUCUAGUCAUGGUGCCGAAUGUAGCAGAUGAGGAGAAGUCCAGGCUGGGGUUUUGGAAGGAGGCAUUUGGCUAUACAAUGACAGUUAUGGCAGGCUUGACCGCCGCCCUCUCCAUGAUUGUCUACAGAGCCAUCAAAGAGCGCGUCAGCAUGUGGACAGCACUCUUUACCUUCGGCUGGACAGGCACUGUCUGGGGCGCCUCCACUAUGUUCAUAAUGCAGGAGCCUAUUAUUCCCCUGGAUGGGGAGACCUGGGGCUAUUUAAUUGGGAUCUGUAUCUGCUCCACGGUAGCGUUCCUUGGAGUCUACUAUGCUCUAAACAAGUUUCAUCCAGCCUUAGUUAGCACCGUGCAGCACCUAGAGAUCGUGGUUUCAAUGUUUUUGCAGCUGAUCGUGCUGAGGAUGAUCCCCUCAGUGUACGAUGUGAUAGGAGGCCUUGUCAUCAUGGUCAGCGUGUUCACUUUGACCGGGGUCAAGCUGUACAGAGUGAGCAGGGCCAUUCGGCAGGAUUACCAAGAAAUCCUAGACUCGCCUAUCAAAUGAAUCUGUCAGUCUAUCUGUUUACAGUGUUGCUUGGUUGUGCAAUCAAAAGAAUGUCUGAAUCUUCAUCUGAUGAUUUUGUAUUGUUGUGCUGUGAACAGAGUGCCAGUUUGUGUAGCUAAAGUGUUAAUAUUUACAUGUGAAAUAAAAGACAAUUGUAAUAUUGUGACCAUUUCCCUUUCGUAUAGUGAUGCUUUAAUGUCAAAUUGUGCCACAGACUAAAAUGUCAGCAAAACGAGGCACGAGUGAAUUAUGAUGCCACAAGGUGUUGAUAUAAUCUUCUGUCGUCACACUGCCAAAACUGUGUAAAUGUCAGCCCUGAAACCAUUCAUAUUGUAACAAGGAAUAAAAAAAAAGAAAAUGCUUCACUGAAAGACCUGAUUUGUUGUUAGAGACUAAAACACAAUGAUUUAUGAAUAGGCCGUUUACAGAUGUAAAAGUACCAUGGUCUAAAUAGUUGCUUUCAAAACAACUACAAUUCACUAUCACAGCUUUUCUAAGUUUUAAACUGAUUGAGAUGCCAAAGAAAGUGUCAAAGUGAGCUGAGCAGAGCAUAGAAAAGUGCACUACUGCCCCCCACACCCAAUGUGUUGCUGUGCACUGCUGGUCUGUCCCUCAUUCCCCAUAAAGACAUAUUUAGCUGCUUCAAAAUAUUCUCAAUCAUGACUAUCACUCCUAUUAUUGAGCUAAAUUUGUUUUGAAAGUAAAGUUAACAAGCAAGAGCAGUGUCUGCUAAAAACAUGUCAUAUAUAUUCUGUUUUUAAUUUUUGAGCAAACACAGUGAUCAUUUAAAACCGUGGCAAUUUUGCUAAGCGUUAUCGUGAGAGUCCCAUAUCUAUAAUGUUUUAAUUUAAAAGCCAAACUAACAAAAGAAUAGAUGGCUCUAACAAACUUUUUCCAAGACACUUUCCAUUUCGAAAAUUCAUGUGCUUCAACACUAAAUUCUCUACAGAUUUUUUUUAUAUUUACAUAACAUUCGAACCAAAAGUGCAAAAUACUCUUAUUCUACAAAUCCCAAAGUAACACGAAGCUGAAGAUAGUUUUCAAUUCACCAGGUUAUUAAAGAGCUAUUUCACUGUUUUGUUUUGGCAUAUGGACUUACUUAGGCAGCUCUAUCUAAACUCUAACUACGCAUUUAAUACAGAUUCCUUAAAGUACAGUGACUUAAUUGUGCUUGUGAAAAUAAAAAGUGAAUUUCAAAUCAUGGGAUGCAGGGGCCUAAAAAGCAGCACAAAUAAUUGUGUUUUACUUCAAAAUGUGAAUACACAAUUUUUUUGUAUACUUUCAUACAAUCCAAAUUCAACACUUUUCAAAACAACAGAGAAACUAUGCAAAUUUGGUUUACACAAAUACUUUUUUUUAGAAUUACACUAGAUUCAAUAAGGCAAAUCCAAAAUUAGGAGUGAAAAAUCCAAACUAGAAUAAAUGACUUGAGCAAUUUAUUCUGUUCAAACUACAUCUCCAAUCCCAUUAGCUAGUUUAUAUUUGACAAACGUGAUUUUCUCUCUGACUGUGGCUUCUGCUUACUCUCAGAUGUAUGUCAAACUAAUGCCCAGAGGCAAGUGCACUGAAUUGAAUUAAAGUCCCCCUUAAACAAUGCCGGUCCAUCUGCUGUUUCUUUUUCUGUAUCAGUUAAGUCAGCAGUUCACCGGGUACGUCUCCUCCAUUUUUUUUUUUUUUUUUUUAGUCUUUUCAGGAAACCGAGCAAAGAUAAACAGUCUCUAAGAUGCCGCCUUGAGGGUCAAAAGGAACUGCCGAGGAACGAAAUAGAGACACAAUGGUGAUGAAAAAAUGCUUGCCAUGAACAAGGACACAUUGCUGAUUCAGAACUGACGUGCUUCACCAACAGCCCAGCAGGUGGCAUUCAUGACCUACUUAAUGUUUCUGACAGCCAGGAGUGAAAGAAGAAAGCUGAUAUCAGUGGUGCCACCAAGGCUAGCCGUGUGUAUUUACUUGGCUUGACAGUCUUACAUUUACUUGUUUUAUAACGCAAUUUAAUAUUCUAAGCAUUUAUAUUUAUCGCUUUGAUCAUCCAAUUCUACACAACACUAUAAUAAAAUUCCUGAACAAAUAUUAUCUCAGCUUUUGGAAGUGCCCCUGCCUAAAUUGUUUUCACACUAAAGGAUAAAGCUUGUUUGUGUUACUUCCAUUUCCUUAAUGUCAGGAAGAGAUAGCAUUUUGAUCACAACAAUUGUACAAAAUACACAUCACUUUUCCUCUUUUUAUUCAUUCAGCAGAAGCAGUCGUGUUGUGAUGUAUGCACUCUGUAUUACAAGGGUGGCUGUUAUAAGUGAGACUCAGUUUAAUGUUGGACACAUCUGCAAAGAAUCACUGUCAUUGUAAAUAAAAAAGAUAUGUGUAAA